AUGUACAGCACUGCACUGGAAUACUAUCAAUUCAACUAUGACCUUUGGAUGCACCACAUACUGCUGGAGAAGGAGCUUGACCCUGAUCUGACGGCGACUUCCACCGCCAAGCGUAUUGAGAAGGCAGCAUUGAACGGUGUCAACCUUUGGGUCCCCAACAUAAUCAGUUAG